ACGCUCGCGAUUUGUAUUUAUGGUCAUUUCGGUGUGCACGUGAACACUGCACUUUCUCUCUGGCUCGCGUUGCGCCCCAGUGUGACUCUGUUUCCGCGGACGCUGCUCGGGCAGGUGGGGCGCUUCAGUGCAGGAUUGCAGAUCAUUGCCGACAAGCUGCUGCUGAUUUUUCGGUGUCUCGACGGCUACUGAGUUUAUACACACACACCCGGGCUGCUGUUGAGAAAUGGAUGCUGAUCAGAAUCAGCAAGUGCCAGAGGAUGUUGCUCAGAACCAAGUGGCAGAGACGGAAUUGCCCACCCCUGAGCAGCCCAAAUCUGAGGUGAAUGAGACGCCCUCUGCUCAGGACCCUCCUGAGCCAGAGAAGACAGCAGUGGAAGAGUCUAAACCAGUGGAAUCCACAGAACAAACUGAAGUGGAGCCUGCUAAAGAGAAUGUGUCUGAGACAGCCAAAGAAUCUGAGAAAUUGCCUGAGAAGGAGGAAGUAGCAGAGGAAGUCCCAGAGAAGGCUGUUGAGGUGGAGAAAUCUGAGGAACCAGCUACAGUUGAGGAACAGCCGAAGGUUGAUGUGGUGGAGCAACAAACUGCUGAACCAGCAGAGCCUGAACAAAAGGCAGAACCAGAAAAAGAUGUGACUGCAGCAUCAGAGCCUCCUGCUGUCGAAGCUGCACCUAAAGAACCGGUAAGUGAGGCAGAGGUUGAAAAACCCUCUGAGGUUCAAGCUGAGCCCCUGAAAGAAGUGGAGGCAAAACCAAAAGAACCUGCACUCCCCUUGUUCUAUGGCUGGUUCCUGGCCUCUGAAGAUGAAGAGAAGCUAAAGGAUUCCCCGGUGGCAUUCCUGAAGACGUUGGGUGCUCUGGAGGCCUUCAAGAAACACGUUGGUGACUUUACUGGGGAUGCGGGCAAGGAGGUGAAUCUGGAGCAGUACUUCCAGGCCCCAGCUUUGCUCCACUGCACUACUCAAUUCUGUGACUAUGGAAAGGCAGAAGGUGCAAAAGAAUAUGCUGAACAGCAGGUGGUUAAAGAUUCCUGUGGCAAAGCAACAGAACUAUCUGUUGUUGGUCUCCUAGUGACUCCUCGUGUAUUCGGCGCACGUGUGUCACUGACCCCUGAGCAGCUGCCGCUGUGGCCUGCAGGAGCUGAUAAAGUGGGUAUUCCUCCAGCUGACCUCCCUGGUGUCGAAGCCCUCCCAGUGGGCAGCCGUGCUCACGUGACCCUAGGCUGUGCAGCAAAUGUGUUAGCUGUUCAAACCGGUAUAGACCUGCUGGAGAUCCUGAUCCUCCAGCAAGGUGAAGAGAAAGAGGUCCCAGAGGAAGAGCUGGAGCUGGGCAAACUCUCAUACCUGGGCAAGGGUCGCUGGUAUCUGUCUCUGAAGGAGUGCAUCACAUGCAAUGCUACGUUCUCUUCCUUCUCUGAAGAGCAACGUCCUGCUGAACCAGCCAAGAAAGAGGGUGGUGAGAAGAAGAAGAAGCUAAAGUGUUCAAUUCUGUGAGAUGAGAUGAUGGAUCAUGGUUUUCUAGGGCUGAGACUGGUUUUGUGUAUGUGUGAAUGUUUUUCAGCUUUAGGGCUGGGUGUGGGCAAUUGGUACGUACUACACCACCGUAUCAUUCCAAAGCAACCUCUCUUAGCAGGUGCCUUUUUUUUUUCUUUUUGCUUGGCAGCACAAGCGCCAAGGCCUUAAAAUCUGCCUUACAGUUAAGAAUCCCCAUUCUGUAGCUUGUUCACUCUGCGCUAGGUGCUUGCUCACUUCUGCAUUAUUCUGGUUUCCUGCACUGCAGCAUUUGGUCUUCCCUGCAAUUAAUGAAAUUCGUUGCUUAUCUAAAGGUGAGCUAUUCGGUUGUAUGAGCAGUAGGAGACGGUUACUCUUCAGGCAGACUGGAAUGAUUUGAUAUCUUUUACAUAUUCUGAAAUUAGCCUAUAAUUGUUAGGUUUGGUACAAUGUAUGACGGUUGGCCUUGGUGUGUGUAGUAUGUCAGGUUUUUUGGGGUCCCCCCCUUCAUUUGUGAUGAAUUUCACUCUGAUUGCAUGCUGUUUGUGUCCAGCUUUAGUCAUAUCUCCCCUUUUAUGUACAGCUGCAGGUCUGUUAACAAGUUUCUCCUUUACUACUCCUUUUCUCUCUCUGUUCAGUGUAGAUGGCUGUUUGCCCAUGAGAGUGAAACAGUGCAUUGCUCAACUCUCAUGUUCAUACAGCAUUGCAGUCACUUCAUGGCAGAGGUUCCCGUGCCAUCUGCCACUUCAUGUUAACUUGUAUUAUCCUCUAUAGCUUUUGAGCUAGUCUCACUGUUGCUCUUUCCAAUUGCUGUCACUUUUGACAAACUGCACUCAGAAUACUGUGACUGGCCACUGCCCUGAUGCCUUUCUCUCAUAGGGUGCUACAAGGCAGAAGCCAUGCUUAUGUAGGCCUUGCACGUCGAGGCGCUGUAUUUUUGCACUUUUUUGUACACGUAAUAAACAAUUUGCUUGGCUCUGA